AUUGGUAUUUUUUAACCGGGCCAAUAGGUUUAUAUGACUAGGCCAAGGAUUGGUCAAGGUCUAGUGAUUUGAAUUAAUUCGAUGUAUUGCAAGUUUGUGACUCAGCAUUUGUUAGCUGUUACGUUUUGGUCGGACGAUUGAAACGUCAAUCUACUUAUUAGUAUGGUCACUACCUCAGAGUGCAUGGAGGAUUCAGUUUCAGAAGUGGAAUAAUCCACUAAGACUUUGGUUUGGGUUAUGCUUUUUACAUUAUACAUUUGACCAGCAUACAAACGUUCAGUAAUGCAUAAUGGGGCCACAUGGUAAUAAGAACUAUUCCUGCAGCAACAUCAUGGCAAGUUGCAGCAAUGAACACAUCUUAGCAAAUGGAUUUGAAAAUGGCAUGGGGGAUACUGAUGAAUCUCCACCAAUGCCGUGGUUCGGGAUGGAUAUUGGCGGCACCCUCUGCAAGCUCGUGUACUUUGAGCCCAAAGACAUCACUCCCGACGAGGCUGACGCCGAAGUGGAGACUUUGAAGAACAUCAGGCGGUACCUCACAAAGAACUCCGCCUACGGCAAGACUGGGCAUCGAGAUAUUUACCUGCAGAUGGAUAAUGUAAUUAUACGACAAAGAUGUGGAACGCUACAUUUUGUUAGAUUCCCCACGUGUGAAAUGGGCAAUUUCCUUGCUCUCGCCAAGUCGAAAGGGAUGGCUACGCUUGUCACAACUGUGUUUGCUACUGGUGGGGGAGCUUUCAAAUUCGAAGAAAACUUCAGGAAGGAGGUUAACUUGAAGCUGGCCAAGUGUGACGAGUUGGACUCCCUCAUCAGGGGAAUGCUCUACGUGGAGGCAAACAACCCACACGAGUUUUAUUACUGGGCAAACCCCACAGAAGAAGAGAAGUGUGUGAAGAGGUGUUUCGACUUCAGCAAUCCGUACCCUUUCAUUCUUGUCAACAUUGGCUCAGGUGUCAGUGUUCUUGCGGUUUAUGGACCAAAUAAUUACAGAAGAGUAUCCGGUACAAGCCUCGGCGGCGGGACGUUCCUGGGGCUGUGCUCCCUCCUCACCGGCUGCAGCUCCUUCGAGGAGGCCAUCGAGUUGGCCACGGGCGGGGACAACACUCGAGUCGACAAGCUGGUCAGGGACAUAUACGGCGGCGACUACGAGAGGUUCGGCCUGCCGGGCGACUUGGUCGCCAGCAGCUUCGGACAAAUGAACUCUGAAGAGAAGCGAGCGUCCGUCUCGAAAGAAGACUUGGCCCGAGCAACUCUCGUAACCAUCACCAACAACAUUGGCUCCAUAGCUCGCAUGUGCGCCUUGAACGAGAAUAUUGAGAAGGUGGUGUUUGUCGGUAAUUUCCUGAGGGUCAACCCGAUCUCCAUGAAACUGCUAGCCCAUGCCAUGGACUACUGGUCAAAAGGAACGAUGAAGGCACUCUUCCUAGAACACGAGGGGUAUUUUGGUGCGGUGGGCUGUUUGCUAGGAGAAUUCGACUCUCAUUUCAGCUGAGAUUGGACAGUCUAUAGAAAGACUUCUUGGGAAGAGGAGAAAAAAAUAUUGAUACCGUACAUCUAUCAUAAGUGCAAUUAUGGUGUCUUUUUGUGACAUAGACAUAAUUUAUAUAUAGUUAUGUAUGUUAUGGUUUGGACUAACUCGUGGGGUUUAACAUUCCAUUAACUUUGUUGGGAUCCUUGCUGGAAAUGAGCCAAAGUUGUAUGUACAAUGUGCUAACUAAUACUUAACAAUUUUCUUUUUGCACAGCAUAAGUGAAUUAAUGGAGAUAUAAGUUAGUUAGUUACGUGUACAUACUGUUAUUGUUCGUUGUUGCCUAAUUUUUUUUAUAUAAUCGUACUCGCCAUAACCUUUGAAAAUGUACAGACAAUGCAUAAGUAAUCAAAAGUCGUUAUGAUGAAUGUUAAGGGUCUUAGUUUGGAACUAAUCUCCUAAAGGAUUGAUUGUAAGUAUGUUAGAAUUUAAAGCAAUGUUCUACACCUUCUGAUAAAGAGGUGUCUGAAAAAAUAGUAAGCUGCUAAGCAGAAUAUAGGUAUAUCUUCUAAUUACAUUAAAUACUACUGUUGUUAUAUUGUGAUUCUUCUCAUAAAAUUUUUAGUCAAAAUAUACAUUCUAGAUUUAUGAUUUUAUCUUGAAAUUAAUUUUUUGUUACAUUUUAUCAUUCAUGCUAGAUUUAUGACUUUAUCUUACAAUUAAUAUUUUUUUACAUUUUAUCAUCCAUGUGUCUUAAGUAUUUAUUGCUUUGAGUGGUGUAUUUUUGGGAUGGACUAUGUGCUGAAUAGCAUUGAUAAGGUAUUUAUUAUUUAUUAUUGCUAUUUUUUCUGGUGUUGUGCAGAAAUUGAAUUUUUGGGUUGAAAUAAAGGUUGGGAUAGGGAAGAAAGUUUUUUUUUGCUUACAAAAAAUUACUAGAUCAAGGGAAAUUUUAUACAAUAUAUUUGACAACUAAAACAGCUAUGAAUUUCAAAUUGACGUAAUAUCUAAAACUUUAAAACCAAUUUAUUAGAUUUAGAAAAAAAUAAAUAGUAAAGUUCAUUACUCCAAGCAAAUUUGUUGUUGCCUUAUAACAUUGGCAAUGUAAAUUAAACGUGUACAAUUUUUUACUUGAAGCUAAAUUUGUAAGUUGUUAUUAAUACAUUAUAUUGAAGCUUUAUGUUCUGAAAUAAGCACAAGAACGCUGCAAUACAAAAACAUUUUUCUAAGUUAUUUAAAUUGGAAUGAGAUGAUUUAAAUUUUUUUUCUUUCUAGUAUUUGCUGAAUGUGUUGCGACAGAUAAUAAAUCAAAUAUGAAUGUGGUUACAUUGUCGUCGUAGACGAACAGAUUUUUAGUGUUAAAAAUAAUGCUAUUAGCUGAGUGCCAAAAACAUUUUUUUUUAAUUGAGUACAUGCAUUUUGUUCAAUGAAUUUUAAAAUUAUUUAUUUUUGUAUUUGUGUACAACUUUUUUCUCUGAAAAAAUUGUUUCCUGCUUAUGGUUUUGUUAAGCUGUUUUUUAUAAAAAAAAUUUCAUUACCCAUACUGUUUUUAUACUAUGUAAAAUUUUAAGGUUCAAAGAUGAAUUUUUAUACAAUAGCAGUGUACGAGGACCUAGCUUCAGAAUUUUUUCAAGGUGCAUUUUAUGAGUGCUUAAAAAAAAGCAAAAAAAAAAAAAACACCAAUUUUGUGAGUUACAUGUGGUAUUUAUAUUCAUUAUGAUUAGGUAAAUUGUAGUAGGUAGUGGAUGACUUGUUCCUUUAAAUGAUGAUUUGGUCUUCCUACUUUACAAGAACGUACAUUUUUUGAAACAACAAAACAGCGCUUACUAACUGGAGAUGUAAAAAAAUAAAAAAGAACUUAAUUUUGAUGACUGGGUUUUGUAUUGGACCCACUUUAAAUUUAUUCACUUUUUUUUUUGUUUGUAUUGUUUUUGAAGUAGCUGCUGUUUAAAAUUACGUGUUUUGAAUUCAAUAGCUGUGUAGCGAAAAGGGUAGGUAGCCUUACAAGUCUGCCCCAAGGAGUUUGUAAUGGGUAUUGACAAUCGUGUCCAGUCACGUGAUCACUGUCUGCGCACGCCGAGCGUUCAUAGAGGGAGCUUAAAAGUGGGUUCGGAGAUGAUCAGGCCUGUGUGUGUCGUCGUCCAGUAUAAAUGUGUUUGUGCUCAGUUUCAUUAUAAUAAUGAGCCCAAUAUAACUCCCCAGAGUUUGUUUCAAUGUGUGCACAAUAAACAACAUAUAAUGGCUAAGUGCAUACAGUGGGAAAAUCUGCAGUGUGAAGAAUUUCUAUGAAUUGAAAACAAGCGAACUAUAAGCAGAUUGCAACCUCUGUGGAAAAUGAACCCUAAAAUUCAGAUCAGCCUCUGAUGCUGAUCCACUGGCUAUGAAAUUAUUUUUUUCUCCUGAAAUAAAUUUAUGAACUACAGUUUCUUUCAACCAGUAGAAUUUUUUUGCGGUGAUAUUGGGAUAACGUAUGUUUACCUUCAUUCAGCGUUUAAAAUUUGUGUUGGUUCAUGGAAAAAUUUGAAUGCUAUAUUUUUCUAGACAAAAUAUUUUCACUCUUUCUUUUUUAACAAACAUGAACUGAAAUUUGUAGGCCCAUAAUUAUAAAUUAUGUAUGUUGUGAUUAAGGUUUUUGCUUCAAAUUGUAUGUGAAAUUGGAGGUGAAGGUGUGCUUUACAUACAUGUGUAAUGAUUUUACAUGGUUAUUAGCUGUGUAUAGAAUUUGGUCGGUAGUGGUUGGCAGUACGUACUUGUUAUAACUCCAAAUUACUGUCUGCACCAAAUGUUUUUGCGGCUGAAAAUGCAUGGUCAGGGUAUAAAGCUAAACCUAAGGCCGUUAUCAAAACAUCGUUAACGUUCAUUCACUUGACAGUUUGACAUGGAGAUGGAUGCUAUCGUGCAAUGGUUUCAAAACUACAAAGUAAAAUUCACGGUGUGGAGAGAAAAUAAUAAAUAACCACCACACAAUCACCCUCCAUGAAAACUCAAGGUGCACUGUGGCUUCCUCCACUGCUGCAUUACCUAGUGUAACCUUCGGACACGAGUAUCAGAGAAUCAUCAUCAUAAUUAUCAAUGUGAUUGUAUUGACAAAUGGUAAUGGAUUAUAAAUGUCUCACUGCACAAAACGUUUGCAGUGAUCAACGGUCAGUUUACAGCUAGACAGGGCCAUUUAAAGGUUGUUUUUUUGGGGUGUGGGGGGGGGGGGGGGAUCAUCAGAGCACAGAUUGAGUUUUGAGAUUUCUUAUAAUGCAAGGGUUUACUCUCGUAGGGUGAACAUUACAAGUCUGUUGUUAAAAUAAUUCAUAGGAGACAUUUCAAGUGGUGGUAAAGAUAAAGUUUACAGUUAUGGCCAUAGUAAUGUUUACAGUAUUUCGAUUUGUUGAAUUGUAGGGUCCGAGAAGUUGUUCAUUAAAUGAUAGAGAAGGAACAUUGGUGUCUCUCGAUGGCCCUAUAGGGAGAACACCUGGAAUUUCAGCUACCCAAGCGGACUAGAUUAUGAUAACUAGCCAGCCCAUAACUGGAUGCCAAAACUUUUGGCACAGACAGUACAUUUACUGCUUUGCACAUUGCAACGAUCAAUCCUAUGUACUCUAGUUCCUAUUUAUUGUUUAGAAAUACUGUAAUCUCUUGAAAAUCAUAUUAAAGACUUUAAGUUACUGCAUUUUUAUUUUAAGUUUUUAAUCAGAAUGUACAAUAUAUUUGAUUAUAAAUUUAGUUUAUUACAAUCAUGAAGGUGAAUUACCAUAUAUCCUUUUGCAUGUCAUGUAUAUUAUUGUAAUGAAAUUUUACAGUUUUUAAAUUCAGAAAAUUUUACUGUAAAUGUUUUACAACUAAAAUUGUAAAAUAUGCUUAAUGGAGUAUGUGGUUCCCCCUUCCUGUGUUACAUAAAAAACUAUAAUUCCUAAUUUGUAGGUACUUUGCAAAACCAGAGAGAAGUUUGCAUAAAUACAGGAAAUUAUAAGAAAGAAGUUUACAAUUUGUGAAUGAACAUAAAAUAAGUCCUUAAAAAAAUUGUACCAGAAAGUAAAGAAUAAUUUUGUAAGGUCCAUUUACUUCAUGUGAAUCAUUACAGUUCUUCAAUUCCAGUCAUUGCAGAGAUUAUUUCUUUUCCAUGAGAGCUACAUUAUUGUAUAAAGGGGCCAGAAGUAGGCUAAAAAUCAGGUUUUUUUCUAAGAAACAUGAAUUUUGUUUAGUGUGUGCUUUGUAACUGUAGUUAGCCUACUGCAUUUCCUAGAUUACGUGUGUGCAUUGCUGUUUCAACCUUUAGAUUUAGCCAACUUAAGUUUUAUUGUUGUGUUGCACUUUAAAGCUAGCUGUCAGAUCAAUUAUUAGAGUCUAUAGCACAAUGUGGUUUAUAAAUUGUUUUGUAAACAUUUUAUUUUUUUAUUCAUAUUUUUAAAGGGCUUAUUUUGGAAAAAAAUGAUAUUGUUUCUUAUUCUGUUCAUUAUGUUGCAUUUAAAAAAUGCAUCUCCUAGUUUCUUGUUUCUGCUGGUGUUGUCAGAUAAAGGUUUUAUUUGUUA